CGCCUCCGUGACGUCACUUCCAGCGGGCGGUGCCGGGCCCGGUGCCGCCGGUACGGGCCGGGGGUGGAGGAGGCGGAGGGAAGUCCCGGUCCCGGUCUCGGUUCUGGUUCUGGUCACCGUCCCGGUUCCGAUCCCAGUCCCGGCGCGCCAUGGUGGUGCUGCGGGGCGGCGCGGGCCCCGAGGAGCCGUUCCCGAGGAUCGAGGACUGCCUGCCCCUGCUGCAGGACUCCCCCUCCAAGCGCUUCUCGCCGUCCAAGAGGAAGCAGUAUUACAUCAACAAAGCCAUCCGCAACUCCGACCUCAUCCCGAGGGCCAAGGGCCGCAAGAGCCUCCAGAGGCUGGAGAACACUCGCUACCUGAUGACGCUCCUGGAGCAGGAUGACUGCGGCAGCGACGAGGCAGAGCUCACCCACUCGGCCACCCCCAGCAUCUUCACCGAGGCCUGCAACAAUGAGACCUAUGUGGAGAUCUGGAACGACUUCAUGAACCGGUCGGGAGAAGAGCAGGAGCGGGUCCUGCUCUACCUGGAGGAGGAGGCCAGGAAGAAGCACAGGAGGAAGCUGCCUGUCAAGAAUGAAGACAAGUGGAAAGAGCUCCCUGCCUACACCCCGCAGGAGUGCUUCCAGCGCAUCAGCCGCCGCCUGCGCGCCACCCUGAAGCGGGGCCGGAUCCCCAUGGGGACGCUGGAGGGGCUGGAGGAGGAGCUGCUGGCCUUCUUCUCUGUCACCCCCCACUCUGUCUACACAGCACUGAUGGAUAACAGCUUUGAGCGACUCCUGCUCCACGCCCUCUGCCAGUACAUGGAUCUCGUCUCUGCCAGUUCGGACAUCGAAGGGAAGCGUCAGAUGAAAGUGAGCAACAAACACCGCGUGUUCCUGCCCCCGGAGCUGCUGCUCUCAGACUACCUGGGCCAGAUGAGCUGAUGCCCCCCAGAGAAGCUGCCCUGCCCCUCCUGCGUCCGCUGCAGCCUCUCCGGGACCCUCCUUGGCCUUUCCCCUGCUCCAGCAGCCGCCGCAGGCCGGGGGGUUUGUGGCUGUGCCCCUGGGGUUUGUGGCUGUGCCCCUUGGGUUUGUGGCUGUGCCCCUGGGUGUCUUUCUGCAGGCCGGGGGGUUUGUGGCUGUGCCCCUGGGUGUGCUGGCAGCGGCGCGGGCCUGCUGGUCGUGGCUGCAGGUGCCUGUCGCCCGCCCCGCUGCCCGCGCAGCCCUCCUGGAACUCUUUGUGUGUGUGUCUAUUUAUAACCCAGGUGUUUUUAAAAGUAAUCAGGCGGGGCCAGCUUCCCCGCGGCGCUGACGCUCGUGGGGUGAUUUCGGUCCAGAUUUUUCUGCGGUGAAACAGCUCCCGGCGGCUGCUGAGCAAUCGCUGAGCCGGCGGAAGAGCCCCGGGGCUGCCGCGUUCCCGCAGCCCCGAGCCCACCGGGUGUGCAGGGGGGCUCGGGCAGGACAUGGGGUGUGGGGAGCUCCGGGUGCUUUUACCCCACACCCUGUGCCCUGCCCGCACCACGGGGCUGUUUUUAAGUGUAAUAUAGCUUGUGUUUUUUAUCACGUGUGUGUAUAUUUACAUGUGUGUGUGUGUGUGUGCGUGCUGGAGGGGUGCAGCCUCCCUCGGGGCUCUCUCUGCUUUUCCACAGCUGCCAUGGCGGCAGAUGGGGCGUUUUGGGGGGGUCCCUCUGUGUGCCCCCUUGUCGCUGGCACGUGCCAAGGGUUGCUCGCAGGGCGUGCCUUGGGGAUCUCUGCCGGUUGCCGUGUCCCACGAUGACACCGACUGCCAUUAACCGCGGGCACCCCCAGACCCAGGGGAGCCCCUCGCGCCUCCUUCGCCGGCGCGGCUCGGGCACGGGCGCGUUCAGCAACAAUAAAAACGGUGCUCCCCUG